AGAAACCUGUGGGUUCUUGUCGUGGGACGCUCACCAAAGGAACACAGAAUCGGGAUUCCAGAGUUCAAGUACGUGGCGAAUAUGCACGGAGAUGAGACUGUCGGGCGGGAACUGCUGCUCCAUUUAAUUGACUAUCUCGUAACCAACGAUGGAAAAGACCUUGAAAUCACCCGUUUAAUCAAUAGUACCCGGAUACACAUCAUGCCUUCAAUGAACCCAGAUGGAUUCGAAGCUGUCAAAAAGCCUGACUGUUUUUACACUAAUGGAAGGGAAAAUAAUAACUUCUAUGACCUGAAUAGAAAUUUCCCAGAUGCUUUUGAAUUUAAUAAUGAAUCAAGGCAGCCUGAAACUGUGGCAAUCAUGGAGUGGCUGAAAACAGAGACGUUUGUCCUCUCGGCAAACCUCCACGGUGGUGCCCUGGUGGCCAGUUACCCAUUUGAUAACGGUGUUUCAGUGGUCUUGGUUUGUCUUUCACAUACAGCAACGGGGACAUUACACUCCCGGAGCUUGACCCCCGAUGAUGAUGUUUUCCAAUAUCUUGCAAAUGCCUACGCCUCAAAAAAUGUCAACAUGAAGAAAGGAGAUCAGUGUAAAAACAAAAUGAACUUUCCGAACGGGAUUACAAAUGGGUACUCUUGGUAUCCACUCAAAGGUGGAAUGCAGGAUUAUAACUACAUCUGGGCCCAGUGCUUUGAAAUUACGUUGGAGCUGUCAUGCUGUAAAUAUCCUCGAGAGGAGAAGCUUCCAUUCUUCUGGGAUUCCAACAAAGCCUCGCUGAUUGAAUACAUAAAACAGGUGCACCUAGGUAUAAAGGGUCAAGUUUUUGAUCAAAAGGGAAAUCCAUUACCCAAUGUGAUUGUAGAAGUACAAGACAGAAAACAUAUCUGCCCCUAUAAAACCAACAAAUUUGGAGAGUAUUACCUCCUUCUCUUGCCUGGCUCAUAUACGUUAAAUGUUACAGUCCCUGGACAAGAGCCACACCUCACAAAGGUGAUUAUCCCAAAAAAAUCCCAGGACUUCAGUGCUCUUAAAAAGGAUAUUGUAUUUCCACUCAGAGGGCAAUUGGAUUCUAUCCUAGUAUCAAAUCCUUCAUGUCCUAUGAUUCCUCUGUACAGUAUUUUGCCAAGCCACUCGGCCGCAACAAAGCCUAGUCUGUUCUUAUUUUUAGUGACUCUUUUUCACAUAUUGUUCAAAUAAAGCAAAAUGUGAAACUCAACCCCAUCACCACCUGGAAUCAGGGAUUACACACGCCAGGUUACUGCAAAUCUAACUCCCUCUGUGAGACAAAUGGCCAAACGCCACCGUCCUUCCCUAAGAAGACAAAUGGUUAAAUCCUGUAAUGAGAAAUGUGUGGUGAUAACGAAAGGAAUGAUUUCGUUUUGAUGAUGACUAGAAGACACCCACCUAUCAAGUACUGCCCACUUACACUUCAUUUUAAAGUCAUCUUAGAAAUUUGUAAGAAGUUAAACUUGAGGAGCAAAAAUGAAGCUCCUGCAAGAAGAAGAAUAAAAACAAGCUAAUUCUGGAUACAGAGAGACAGAUGAAUAUAAGCAAUGAACAUGAACAUUUAUUGAUCACCUAUCAUAUACAAGAACUUGCUAUGAGUGCUAUAUAUGAAGAGAUAGUGCCAUAUAUCAUUAGUUCUCAGGACAGGGAAAAAUGAUAAGACUGGGAAUAUUUAGCUUUGCAAAUGUUCUAAGGAAAUAUGAGAGAAAAUAGACAGCCAUGUCUCAGUGGCCCCAGAAAAUAUGGGCCUAAUAGGAUGACAAGGUGUUGCCUACAGAGUCCCAAAAAUAUGGGUCAUUUAAGUGUCCCUGCCGUUCUGCACCUGGAUGCCACAGUCCUCCGUCAUGCUGAUAACCCCCAAAUGUGUAAGUCUAGCCUCUUGCCUGAGCUUCAGACUCACAUCCAACUGCCCACUGGAUAUAUAUCCACCUGGAUGUGACCAGAGGUACCUCAAACUCGUGCGAAAAUGGAACAUACUUUUCUCCCUAGAGCUGCUCUUCCUCCUGUAUCCUGUCUCAAUUCCUGGUACCACCAAACCUGGGAGUUCUCCUUGACACUUCGUCCUCCUCUGUCAUCCCAUAUAUUCCAUCAAUCACUAAAGACUAUAAUUAUCGAUUCUACCCUCCCUCCAGGACUACUAACACUGCCAAGUUCCAACCGUCACAGCUCACCUGCACCACUGCAACAGCUGUACCGUCACUUGCUCCCAGCUUCCUCCUCUUCAGAUCCAUCCUCCACAUGGCACUGGGGAAGGGGGUCUCUUUAAAACAAAAGUCAACAACCUACUGACACCUAAUUUCCUGCUGUGUCCCUGUGCCUGGAAUGCCAUUCUGACCCACACUUUCUGUCUCCUCCCUCUUUUACAACUCAGUUUAGGCAUCGACUCCUCCAGGAAGCCUUUGCUGACCAUCAUUCCAUUCCUUUCCAUCUCACCUCCUCCCAGUCAAUCUGGGAACCCUCCUCUUUGCUCCCCAAAUAGAACAGGUUACCUCUACUAUUAUAACACUGUGUUAUAAUCUUCUCCUUCCAGGUACGAGUUUUCUCUAGUAGAGUGAGCUCUUUGGGACCGAGGGGCUAAUUUGUUUAAAAAAUGCAUUUUUAUAUCCUCAGAGAACAUAUUAGAAGUUGAAUGAAUGAACAAAGGGUUCCAGCAAUCUGCUACUCCCAGUCUCUCCCAGAAACUGUAUAGGGCUUUGAGUUAAACUAGAUCCCAUACUUUGGCAAUUUCUGGUUCCUAGUAAUGCUGACAGAAGAGUGUUUUCAUAUAUGUAUCAAGAAAUAAAUUCAAAUACGGUGCUUUUACUGGACUUUGCAUUUAUCCUAAGCUUCAUAGUAAAGGUAUGUUACCUAUUAA